CGUCUCUCUCAUCAUGUCCAAAGCGGUGCCGAAAAAGAGCCACUGGAGCGCGAGGGUGAGCGAGUGCGCGGUGCGGCGGGACGCGACCGCGCGCGUGCCCCUGCAGGGCGGAGCGGAGGACGGCGAGUUCGUGUACGUGGGCCGCGUGGAUCACGUCCUCAGCUCCGUCAGCUACGAGCGCGGCUCUCUGACCGAGGGAGACCUGGUGCUCGAGGUGGACGCGCUGCCCGUGUCCGGAUUACCGCUGUACGACGUCCUGAGCGCCGUGAGGAGCCCCGCCGGACCCGUCACACUCAAAACCGUGCGCCCAGGAAAUAAGCUGACUAAGGACCUCAAGCUCUACCUCAGCCAGAGGUUUCAGAAAUCCUCGGAGGACCACAAGCUCCAACAGACCAUACGGGAUAACCUGUACCGCCAUGCUGUGCCUUGUACGACCCGCCUUCCUCGUGACGGAGAGGUUCCCGGAGUCGAUUAUAACUUCCUCUCGGUGGAGGACUUCCUGAAGCUCGAGCAGAGCGGGACGCUCCUGGAGAUCGGCUCUUACGAAGGUAACUACUAUGGAACGCCCAAACCGCCGAGCCAGCCCCCCGCUGCUAAAGUGAUUGGCGGAGAGGCGUCGCCCAACGACAGGCCCCGCCCCGAGGAGACCACGCCCCGCCGCUCCAAGUCCUACAAUGAGAUGCAGAAUGCUGGAAUAGCCCCUGCCGACACAGAGGAUGAGGACGAGUUCCCUGAAAUGAACAGCAGCUUCACAGGAGACUCGAGUGAACCGGACGAACAACCCCCCGCCCGCCCCUACGCCCCGCCUCACCGACUCAACAGCGCCCCGACGGCAACCACGGAGAGCACGCAGAACACACACACACACCCCAGCCACCCCACGGACGAGGACCCGCUGGGGCCUCUACCCGAAAACUGGGAGAUGGCUUACACCGAGAACGGCGAGGUCUACUUCAUAGACCACAACACAAAGACCACGUCAUGGAUCGACCCUCGGUGCCUGGACAAGCCCCAGAAACCCCUGGAGGAGUGUGACGAUGACGAAGGGGUUCAUACUGAGGAACUGGACAAUGAUCUAGAGUUGCCCGCUGGUUGGGAAAGGAUCGACGAUCCAGUGUACGGAGUUUAUUACGUAGAUCACGUCAACAGAAAGACGCAGUAUGAGAAUCCCAUACUGGAAGCUAAGAGGAAGAAGCAGUUGGAACAGUCACAGCCUGCAGAAGAAUGGAAAGAGGAGAACGCUCCGAGAGCACCGCCGGCCAUCUACGCCACCAUUCGGCGGGACAGAAGCCCCGAGCCUCCUUUACCCUCAGUAGAGGCCAAACGAGUGAAGCCUUUCUUCACGCGGAACCCAGCCGAGCUGAAGGGAACGUUCAUUAACACCAAGCUGAAGAAGAGCCGCCGCGGUUUCGGUUUCACGGUGGUCGGAGGAGACGAGCCAGACGAGUUCCUCCAGAUUAAGAGUCUGGUGCUGGACGGCCCGGCCGCUCUGGACGGCAAGAUGGAGACAGGUGACGUAAUCGUCAGCGUGAACGACACUUGCGUCCUGGGCUACACACAUGCACAGGUGGUAAAGAUCUUCCAGUCCAUUCCCAUCGGUUCCAUGGUGGACCUGGAGCUGUGCCGGGGCUACCCGCUGCCCUUUGACCCCGACGACCCCAACACCAGCCUGGUGACCUCUGUGGCCAUCGUGGACAAGGAGCCCAUCAUCGUCAACGGCCAAGAGUCCUACGACUCGCCGUCCAGCCACGGCAGCCAUAACGGCAGCACCAGCGAACCCCCGCGCCCCUUAAGCCCUGCCCACGAACCCACCCCGGACGGUACACAGGAGCAGCGCUUCGCCGGCGAUGCCGUGACCUUGGCGUCGUCCAUCGCCACGCAGCCCGAGCUGAUCACCGUGCACAUGGAGAAAGGGGACAAGGGCUUCGGCUUCACCAUCGCGGACAGCCCGGGGGGCGGCGGACAGCGGGUCAAGCAGAUCGUGGAUUACCCACGAUGCAGAGGGCUCAGGGAAGGCGACAUCAUCGUGGAGGUGAACAAGAGAAACGUGCAGAAUCUUACUCACAACCAGGUGGUGGAUCUGCUCAGCAAGUGCCCCAAAGGCAGCGAAGUCACCAUGCUGGUCCAGAGAGGGGUGGCUCCUGCCAAGAAAAGCCCAAAACUGCAACCGCUGGAGAGAAAAGACAGCCAGGGUAGCCACCGCAGCGUUCCCUCGGACUCGCCUCUCCACUCCUCGCAGGCUCCAUCCACGGAGACGGCGGCCCCACCUCCGCCCGCCCAGCCGCUGCCCGGCCUGCCCCCUCAGGAGCCGGCGACAGACGGCACGCUCGCCAAGAAACCAGACCCGUUCAAAAUUUGGGCCCAGUCCAGGAGCAUGUAUGAAAGUAGGCUCCCAGACUCCCAGGAGCAGGAUAUCUUCCUGUGGAGGAAGGAUACAGGCUUCGGUUUCAGGAUCCUUGGAGGGAACGAACCAGGAGAGCCAAUUUACAUAGGCCACAUUGUGAAGUACGGUGCGGCCGACGAAGACGGGCGCCUGCGCUCCGGAGACGAGCUGAUCUGCGUGGACGGAACGGCGGUGGUGGGCAAAUCCCAUCAGCUGGUGGUACAGCUCAUGCAACAGGCAGCCAAGCAGGGCCACGUCAACCUGACUGUCAGACGCAAGACAGGAUAUGGAGUAGCGAAGGUAGACGGUGAGGUUCCUCCGUCUCCGGCUUCGUCCCAUCACAGCAGCACCCAGGCUGCGUCUCUGACCGAGGACAAGCGCACGCCUCAGGGCAGCCAGAACUCCCUGAACACGGUCAGCUCGGGCUCAGGCUCCACCAGCGGUAUCGGCAGCGGAGGCGGCGGCGGUGGAGGAGGACUAGGUGGCAACAGCAGCGUGGUGCCCAGUGCAAUCCAACCGUACGACGUCGAGAUCCGGCGCGGAGAGAACGAGGGCUUCGGGUUCGUCAUCGUCUCGUCCGUCUCCAGACCCGACGCAGGGACGACUUUUGCCGGAAACACAUGUGUGGCCAUGCCUCAUAAAAUAGGGAGGAUCAUCGAGGGCAGUCCUGCGGACCGCUGCGGGAAGCUGAAGGUGGGAGAUCGCAUCCUCGCCGUCAACGGCUGCUCCAUCACAAACAAGUCCCACUCGGACAUCGUCAACCUCAUCAAAGAGGCCGGAAACACGGUCGCGCUGCGCAUCAUUCCAGGAGACGAGUCCUCGAACGCGGCGCUGCUGACCAACGCUGAGAAGAUCGCCACCAUCACUACCACACACACACCUCAACAGCAAGCUGCACCUGAGCCAAGGAACAACAGCAAACCAAAACAGGAAUCUUUCGAGUUCAAAGCGCCUCAGGUUCCUCCUCCGCCAGCCCCCACACAAGCUACCAACCAGGAGGGGGAGCUGUACUCAGUGGACCUGGAGAGAGACAGUAAAGGCUUUGGCUUCAGUCUGCGUGGGGGACGUGAGUACAACAUGGACCUGUACGUGCUGAGACUGGCCGAAGACGGAGCGGCGGGGCGCAACGGCAAGAUGAGGGUAGGAGAUGAGAUUCUGGAAAUCAACGGAGAGAGCACCAAAGGCAUGAAGCACACACGUGCCAUCGAGCUGAUCAAAAGCGGCGGCCGGACGGCGCACCUCGUGCUAAAGCGCGGCGACGGCUCCGUACCCGAAUAUGACGGCAACGACGACAACAAUGGCCCAGUCAGCAGGGCUCAAACUGUUUCGGAAGUGAACACAGCACCUCCUUACAGUCAGCACCACACACCAUUAGAUUCCAGCUCUCCACAAGACCUUCAUAAAACAUCCCGGAAUGAGGACAGGAGGACACAAGAGUCAGGUCAGCGCAAACAUGGCCACCGCUCCAACCAUCACCAUGGCAACCACAGACACCACUCCCCUGACAAAAGGGGCAGGAGCGGACACCAUCAUAAGAAAGGUAGGAGCAGUUCUAAUCACAAGAGAGGCGAUAAGAGGUACAGCAAGGAUGAUUCAUACAACCAUCAGCACCACCGGAGGCACCAUUCGCCGGAGAGGAGACGCCGGGCAAGAAGUGCCGAAAACACCCUGGACAGCCGACAUGAACGUCGGCAUGGCCGAUCACCGGAAAGACGCCACCAUCGCCACUCCUCUCCUCAAAGGCACCGCUCACCUCAUCGCUCAGGACACCGCCAUAGGUCCCCUCACCGCCACAGAUCACCACAUCGCUCCCCACAUCGUUCCAGACACCAAUCCCCGCAUCGGCGUUCAAACCCUCCUCCUUAUAAACCACGCAAUGGCAAACCACAGCAGGAUGAGGAUGUGAGCUUGAGGGAGCCUCCAUCUCCUGAGCCUUCUUCCCACUUGGACAGUGUCCUGAAUGAGUUGCCUGAACUGGAUCAGCUAAACCGCGAAAGCCCCGUGCCUCGGAUGACAUACGAUGGUUUAGAACAUGGCAAUGGCCUGACAUUCCCAAGAAAGUCCUACAGUCGUCUAAACAGUAACAACACCCUCCCACAACAAUUUGUAAACAAUAGUAAUAGCCUUCCCCAGUCCUAUAACCGCUGGAACCGCGAUGACCUCUUUCCCCGACGGUCUUACGACCACUUAAACCAUGAUGACACUCUACCCCGACUGUCAUAUGACCGUGUGAACCGAAACGGAGCUCUCCGCCAAGGGUCUUAUGAAAGCAGUACUUUUCCCCGAGAGUCAAUAGACCGCUUCUCCACCAUGGAGCGGACGGACAAGGGGGACAGCCUGCCCAGAAGAACCUACCAGGACCAGAGUCUUCCCCGCAUUAGAACCCCUGACUCUGAAUCAGCUUUCCAGAAGUACAAUUCACUGUUAAGAGGUCGAUCUCCUGAGAGAACGAGCCAGUUUUCCCGAAUGGACUCCCCAGUAGCAGCACCCUACAGAGCCAGGAGCCUCGACCCAGACCUUUUGCCUACAAGAGGUUCCCGAAACAGGGUCGACUCAGAUGAGGAAGACAAGGAAAGCAGUGUAAGAAAUUACUACAGCAAACUCAAGUCCAAUUAUGGCAGAGCCAACGACCCACCCCCUGAGGCCAAGAGGAAGGCCUACAAAGAGAACUCCAAAGAUCUCAGCAUCUGACAGACUGGUGCAGAGCAGCAAACACGCCCUUGCUUCAUACAAGCCCUCUUCUGAGGAUUCUGUAUACUAUGCUAUGGAUUUGACAUUCCUGUGUUUUCCUAGACAGAUUACUUGACAACUUGUAACAAACAGCGGAAGAAUGGUUUUGCUGUACGUUCCAGGAAUUGUUGGCUGUUUUCUUUUUUUUAUUAUUAUUAUUAUAAAUUUUCUUUUCUUACAAUUUCACAAACAGUUCCACAUCUAUCAGAGAUCGACAAAUAUGUAUAAAGAAAACGAUUAUGUGCCUAAUAGUACCAUUCUUGAUGGUUUUUAUUUUAUAAAGGGCAGUCUUUUGAACUACUGUCUGAUUAUAGUAUUUUUUUCGGUUUCAGAGACCACACCCAUGCACCGAGCAUCUCUCCUCACCGGGUGCUCACAUGUAUGCUGUGCAUGUCUAUAGACUUUCAGUGUCUUUCUUCUUUAUUUCACUCUCUCUUUCUCUUCCUCGGUGCCAAUGAUUUUUACACAUUUGACCAGAGUAUAGCACAAGUCUGCAUUCAUUUGUAUAUUUUUGACAGUUUGCAGUACGUGUACAUUCAGAGGUGAUCAUUUUACGAGAAUGAAGAGGAUACGAAGUUCAAAUAUGAUAAUGUGAGAAUAAAAUAUAUACACAAUC